AUGGCCACAUCGGUGAUUCACAAUGGAGCCGGUCAUUUGAACGCAGAGGAAACCUUUGAACGGUGCAAGGCGGCGCUGACUUGCGCCUUGAAGGAAAAGGAGCCGACAUUUGCUGAAGUCGAGCGGCUAUUGGCAGAAACCCGAGUUUCCGGCCAGGUGUCUAUUUUCCAGAUCUUCACGGAAGGGAGAAGGGGUUCCAGACACUACCAUAACGAUGGUGGAGCUGUUGGACGUCCCGAUGGAGUGGACAUUCGCAAUCCGAUGGACGCGCUAAAACUCGAGAGUGGCCUCUGGGAUGCGCACCUAGAGAUCAACGGCCGGUUUCGAAAGUGGCUAUCGAAUAUCCAAGAAGAUGAGAAAAAGGGCAAAAAGCGGCCAGUUGAGAAGCGCAAACUUAUCAACCGAUACUCCAAGUUUAUUAAGUCUAGCCAGGAGUUCUACGAGAAGUACAUCCACCACCUGUUGGAAGAUUUUAAGGCCUACAAUUUCCCGCAAUUCGAAGAAGUUGCGAGAAGAAAGGGGUACGUGUUUGAAAAGGAGGGGGAGGGGCCCCGGGACUCUGCCGGUACUCUGGAUCCCCAACUGAAGCAUGCGGUACUCUCCUCGUGCCAUGCUACACUUAUUAGGCUUGGAGACCUCGGACGUUACUAUCAAACUGAGCUUGUGGACCAGCAGAAGAAGAAUUGGGAGCGUGCUACGAAGAACUACUCAAUGGCCUCUCUAGUGAAUCCGAAUUCUGGAAACCCAUUCAAUCAAUUUGCCGUCAUUGCUCUUGCAGAGGAGCAGCAUUUAGAUGCUGUAUAUUAUUUGUAUCGAGCCAUUUCCGCACAAGAGCCUCACCCCAACGCCUACAAAAAUCUGACAAAAGAAUUCAAGAAUAUCCUAGCAGGGAAGAAAAAGGCACAGCCAUCAACAUCAAUAAAUGACCCCCAAGCGGUACUGGUUAGUUCCUUCUUAUUCUUGCAUGCCGAAUGCUAUCAUGGAGAUUCUCCUGAACACGAAGAACGUGAGAAUGAAAUAAUGCACCAGGUCACCGUUGAUCUAAAAGAGAAUGUUCUUGAGCGCUCCCUUUUAGAGAAAUUUGCCCUUAUCAAUAUUGCCUCGGAAAGUCAUGCAAAGGAUACCAAUGCGCAAGUAUUUUUACGGAGGCUAAACGUGAUAUUCUUUUUCACCCUUCUUCAGGUUUUCCUAGCCGAGCUUGAAUGCUCUGCGGACAAAGUAACCUCAGUUGCCUACUCAAUCCUUCCAGCUUUGCGACACUAUAGCAGUUGGUUGCUUGUUAAUAGCCCAGUAUUGGUAUCUGCCCCUGAGAGUAAGGAUACUCCACUGUGUAUACAGAUCAAGGAGCUCUGGAAGAGUUAUGCCAAUACUUUGACUGUCCUCACCUCAACCUUUGACGUUAUCAAUCUACCUGAUGUUGAUUACCUCCUUGAAGAAGACGAGAAUACCCUUGGGUUCAAACCAUUUGCACAUCCUAAUACUAUGCGACGUUACGGGCCUCCCGGAGCAACGAAACCAAGACGACAUGAAACUACGGCUUCAAACGAUAAAGAGAUGCUAUUUCGAAUCCGACAGUUUGUGAUUGAUGGGCUUGACCUCGAACGCAAUGAGAGAAUCCCUAUCGUCAUGGUGAAUAAAGAGGAUGCAAGGCUAUUCGUUUACAAGGAGGAAGGCCUUCCUCAAUUUCUGAACUCUCGUAGCCAGACUCGUGGACAUGGUCAUACUCUUACUUCUACUAGCAUUGACCUAGAUGAAAUACAGAAACCAGCACCUUCUUCGAGCGUUUUGGAGGACGGCGCAUCCAUCUCAGGCUCAGCAUCAAUGCAUCGGAUGGUCGAUAACCUAGUCGAGUCGGAACCAGCCGAGAGCUUAGUUGAUGGUGAUAACGCACCUUCCUACUAUGCCUCUGUCAAUUCGGAUCACCGCCGGAGCCUUGCCCAUCAAGGGUUCGAAAAUGGCGUCUCAGGAGCUCAGAGCCCUUCUCAUUUCCAGUCCUAUUCCCCAGGCCCACCACUUCCAAGUAUAAUGAACACUGCGUUUGCUCCGCAGCCGGGCGAAGCAAUGUCUCCAACCAGCCGUCCUUCUACUGCUAUACCUAGCACUGCUGGUGGAAACAACAACACACUCUUCUCUAGCUCCUUUCUCUCCUGCUUCGUGGACGAGUCCCCUAGCAGCCUCCAGUACAUGCAGACCCCACGUCUCGGUCAUGCAACGAGUUAUGCUGGCGGGACUUCCUUAGGCGUUCAACCAUCGGAGUCCAUCACCGCCUUUGGCCAAUAUCAACCACACCAGCCGUACAAUUCACCUUCAUAUUUCAACAAUAUGCCAUAUGGAACAAACCGUGGUUCGAUGCUGCACUAUGCCGGGGUUAUUGGUGAGCAAUCACCACCAAACGGACAAGGAGGAUGA